AUCUAAGAGGAAUUAACCACUUCAUAUGCUGUUAUAGGAAAAUAAUCAACACCCCAUUGCUGAUUAUUUUCCCAGUGUUUUAUUCCAUGCUUACUAGAGGGAUGACUUGGUGACCAUAGUAACCAUGGUCUGGUUUUUUUCCCCACCAGAAAAUUGCUACUUUUCACAAGCAUCUUGCAUUUGUCUGUGUGCUCUGCAUUCUCUGUCCUCUCUUCUUCAUUCCUCCAUCUAUCAGAUAUAAUAAACUCUCUCUGUCUUGUUCUUUCUCUCUAUCCUGUAUGGUUGAAUAGACAUGCUUGUUCCCAUUAGCAAAGAGAACAUGGCUGUGUUUGUUUUGCUCUCACAAAUGGGUAAUGGUCAUAAGACCAGGCUUCUGUACAAAAAAUACACACAUACCCACACACACACACACACACACACACACACAAGUCAUAUGAGCGAGGCUUGCCCACAGAGCCAAAGACACAGUAAUGGAGGAUUUGCAAUGGAGGCUCCGGUUCUGGGGUUCUCUGUGUGUGAGAAAAUGCUGCUGGUGUUGUGGAAGACAGAAAGAGAUAGAAGAGAGACAGGAACCUGUUUAUGAGAGAAAAGAAGAGUUUGGAGUACAAGAGAUGUCCUCAAGGAGUUGGAGUGUCUCGUCUCUGCCUGCCCCUGAGCUGGGAGAGUUGGAUGGUGUGGAAACUCCUCAGCCUCAGUGGUUUCACACUCUACAAGUGCGCAGGCUCCGAGCACAGAGAGGACGCAGCAACAGUGACCCACUAGGCGGAAAGAACUUUCAGCCAGAGUUUCAAUGGAACACAGGUCUGCAGUUUGGAACGGCGAAUUCAUACCUGAACCUGGAGAAACUAGGAGAGGGUGCAUACGCUACAGUAUACAAAGGAAUAAGCAGGAUAAAUGGGCAUUUGGUGGCGCUGAAGGUGAUCCGAAUGAAAACAGAGGAAGGUGUUCCAUUCACUGCAAUCAGGGAGGCUUCUCUGUUAAAAGGCCUCAAACACGCCAACAUCGUCCUGCUCCAUGACAUCAUCCAUACACGCGAGUCCCUCACCUUCGUCUUCGAGUACGUGCAAACAGACUUGGCUCAGUAUAUGAUCCAGCAUCCAGGAGGACUUCACCCAUGGAAUGUUCGCAUCUUCAUGUUCCAGCUGUUGCGAGGUUUAUCGUACAUCCACAGCAGGAGGAUUCUGCAUCGAGAUCUUAAACCUCAGAACCUGCUCAUCAGCUACUUGGGCGAACUCAAACUGGCAGACUUUGGUCUAGCCAGGUCCAAGUCGAUCCCGUGCCAGACGUACUCAGCAGAAGUCGUGACCCUGUGGUACAGACCACCUGAUGUUCUCCUGGGCUCCACAGAUUAUUCUACAGCACUGGAUAUCUGGGGCGCAGGCUGCAUUUUCAUCGAGAUGCUACAGGGGGUGCCAGCGUUCCCCGGCGUGGCUGAUGUUUUUGAACAGUUGGUGAAAAUCUGGAGAGUUCUCGGCGUGCCCACGGAGGAGAGCUGGCCGGGAGUGAGCGAGCUGCCAAACUAUAAAGUGGAAUGGUUCCUGCACUGCAAACCCCAGCAAUUCAGAGAUGUCUGGAAAAGAUUUGCACAGUUACCCUAUAAGACGGAGGACCUGGCGCAGCAGAUGUUGACGAUGAUUCCCAAAGAAAGGAUUUCAGCCCAGGAUGCGUUACACCAUCCCUACUUCAACACUCUGCCACCGCCUGUGAUGCAGCUGCGAGACACUGUAUCCGUCUUCAAGGUGCCUGGAGUGAGGCUGGAAACGGAAGUGAAUGAUAUCUUCAGCCCCAACAGACGGAUGAAAUCUUUCCUCAUGCCCCAGGGGAAAUGCUGGUGAUAGGCUCCUGCUGGCCCCCAUCGACCGCACAGAACUUUUCAGAAGAGGAGGAAAGAAAAAACAAACUCUUGGUAAUGGAGGGUCAUCAUGGAUUCCUCAUUAGCAAGAAUAAUAGAACAAUCCUGAGUGUUGCUUUUAAAGGCACCAUCCAUUUGCAGUGACCAUGCAGUGGUCAGGUCUUGGGAAGGAUGGGAUGGAUGGAUGGAUGGUUGGUAUGGAGGACGUGCUGGAGUCAGGAUGUUCUUGAAGCUGUGGUAUUGAAAUCAGUGAAUGACUUGGCAUAAGCAGCACUUUGAUAUAGCAUACAGAGGUGUCAUCAUCUACAGUUUAGCCGUAAUAUUUUGUAUUUUGUAGUAUUUUGAUGCCUGAAAACUUGAGAACAAGUUCAAAUAAAAAUGAACGCGGUGAAAAAACGAAUUCACGGAAAGAGGAAAGACAUGAAAGAUGCACAUUUCCAUCUGGUAGUGGUUACUUUUGCUUUGCUUAGUGAACUUUGACAAGCAGCAGUCUUGCGAGCCAAUAGGUAACAAGAAGGCGGGGCUGUGGUGUCUUUGGUUGGUAAAAGAAUUGAGGAACUGCCUCUUAUUAACUAUCAGGUAACACCAGACAAUUGCCUCGCUGCUUUCUCACUGUUGCUUGGUGCACAUCUGAAAAAACUGUCUAUCUCAUCCAUGGACAAAUGCUAGAGUUUCUAGUUAGCAAUGUUGGCAUCUCUGUAGCAUAUAAUUUCUGUAGCUUUUGAAAAUAUUUCUCUGAAAGACCUGUUAACAUGGAAUAAAGUGAGCCAGAGAGAGAGAGUGAGAGAGAGAGAGAGAGAGAGAGAGAGAGAGAGAGGGGUUAAACAUCUUUCACAUAUGCACACUGACCCAUGAGUGUUAAGGCAAAUUGCAAAUUGAAAGGUCAUGGCCAUAUGGGAAAAAGAGCUGGAGCCAAUCCCAGAUUCUCCCAGAGAGGGAGAAAAAGAGAGAGAGAGAGAGAGAGAGAGAGGGAGAGAGAGAGAGGGGGGCGAUGAACAAUACUUUCCUGGAAGUCCUUCAUUCUUCCAAAUCCUUUCAGGUGAUGUGUCUUGUUAUAUUUCAUGGUCCUGUCUGAAUGCUCCCUCAGUUUAACAUCUUAUUGUGCAAUUUUUGUGCAGCAUUUCGCCUGUAUGCUGUGUAAGUGUUAUCUAAACGAAUAUUUUUUUACAGAUCUUUGUGCAAAAAAGGAUAACUCUGUGUCGAAUGGAUUUCUUUAGCCAUGUUCUCCUGUUAAUCAGGAGUGUUUAUUGGUACUUACUGCUGGCUGAUUAAAAUCCAGGUCCAGGAGUAUAAUGUAGGAUCAUCUCACAUACCGUUCCAGCUGUUGGAGCAACAUCUGCGUUCACUGAUGACCCCAAUCAUCGGCCGUAUGACGAUUUCAUAUCCGUACAGGUGUGUAGCAUGUGAGCAGAGCUUAGCCAGUGUCGCAGAUGUGUAUGUAUUAGUCCAAAUGCUUAAUUCUGUUCCUGUUUGAAUAAAUAUCGCUCUCAGAC